AUGCUCAGACACAGCAUCCGUCGCACAUACACAUCCCUCAAUAGACCUGGCCCAUUGCCGCUCGGCAACAAGAAGCAACAGCAAGAAAUGCUUGAUCUUAUCCGAAAGAAGCAAUCCCGAGAUGCUGCCAGUGAUAUUAACGAUAUUCACGACGAUGCCAUCAAGAAGCCUAGACCAGAGUUCACUGGCGACGUAAACCCAAAGACCGGUGAGGUCAAUGGUCCAAAGAACGAACCUGUCAAACACAACGAUUGGAGUUUUGGUGGAAGAGUUACAGAUUUUUAA